CAGCAUUGUCUUUACAGACAGGAAGGAAAAAAGACGUAUUUCAGCCCACAUAGACUCGGUCACUUUUCAACACUUUCUACAUUACUUUGGUGCGUUCGGAGACUAUACAUUUAAACCUCUGCUUGUUUCUUCAUUGAAGUUAACGGGUGAAACCAACAAUUCUACGAGAUGGUUGAGUUCUGGAUUGCGUCUUCGUCACUCCUCGCUGGAGCGUACGUUGCUUGGAAAGGUUACAGUUGGUUUCGACGCAAACCAAAGCAAGUUGUGCGAUGGGAGGUUAUCCCUCCUGUCACCACACAAGGCUCUAUCAGACGGACAAGUGACAGCAGCAGUAGGUCCUCCACUACCGGCUUGAAGUCAUCCUGUCACAGAGCUGGAUUCUCGGAUCCUUUCUUAGAGGUCAGCUCCAGGGUUCCAACAGCCAGUUCGACACGGGGCAUUGAUUCUAAUAGAUUUCGUUCAAUUAAACACCAAACCAACAGAUCAGCUUUGAAUAAGGACUCUCUAGGAAGGAUCUGGCCCCAUGUGCCAUCCAGAGUUCAGUCAGAUCCAACUCUGGCGUCGGGAGAACCAGCCAAAGAGACGAAACAGGGAUUGUUGAUGGAGGAAGACUUCACGGACAUGUACGAGAUCCUGUCUCGAGUUGGGAGGGGGACCUUCGGCUCGGUGUACAAAGCGAUGAAGCUGGACUCACUAGACAUCGUGGCGGUUAAAAGGGUGCGGCAUGAAGGUGAUGUGGACAAUGCUUUGACAGAAGUGGAUAUACUCAAGUCACUUCAAGACUGCCCUAACAUUGUCCGUCUGUUGGACUGCUUCCAGCUCGAGUCCGAGAUAAUCAUCAUCAUGAACCUGGCCUCCGGCAGUCUCAAAGAUGUAGCUAUUGGACACAGAGAUUCUGAGUACAUCAUGAGCCUAUUUCUAGACAUCCAGUCGGCAGUUGGCUUCCUCCACGACAAGCUGAUCGCCCACAGAGACUUGAAACCUGCCAACGUACUUCUAGAAGGAAACAAGGCGAUUCUCGCGGAUUUUGGCUGCGCCAAGAACGUCCAGGGAUUCUACGGAAAGGAGGUGUAUAUUACGAGCACUGCAGGAACCUAUGCCUACAUGGCACCCGAGGUUCUCAGCAAUGUCCGCCUGUAUUCUGCCAUCAAGGCUGACGUGUGGUCUCUCGGAUGUAUAAUCUACUAUCUGCUGACAGGGGAAGACCUCUUUAUCGGCGAGUGUGUUGAACUUACCGUCGUGGAGCAUGCUGAAACCGUGGUGGAGUUGCCGGAGUUUGUAGACGUCAGUGCCAUCACUUCUAGUCUGGGUGACAGUAUGAAGGCAGCCCUCCAAUUCGACCCCGCAAACCGACCUCCUGCAUUUAUGCUGUGAGUGACUGAGUGAGUAUGGUUUUACGCCGCUUUUAG